AUGAUUGCUGUGAGCGGCCUCUCUGGCAAGGUGACCUCCAUUGAUGCUGCGAAGUUGGAAAUUCCCGUGACGGUGCUUGGGAUCAAACGUGAAGUUGCCAAGCAACUCAAGUGUUCUAUCUUCGGACUCAAACUCCUGCAGGAUGACAAGGUGCUAGACACCUUCAGUACUUGGGAGUCUUUAGGAAGUCCUGGGCAUCUUUCGGCGGUUCAGUGCCCCUAUGCUGGCGACGACUCUCAAGACAAUCAGCUGAUUCAGGCUGUGCUCAAAGAGAACCGUCUGGAUGUGGAGAGGAUCUUGUCUCAAGGACAGCGACCCAACUGCGCCUUACGCGGCACGCCUGUGCUAUGUAUUGCCUCUAAGCUCGGGCAGCCGGAGGUGGUGAAGUUUUUGGUGGAAGCCUCUGCUGAUGUGAAUCUGGGCGAUUGCAUGGACGAGACGGCCCUGAUGCGAGCGGCUCGCUUUGGCCAUUCGGCCGUGGUGAAUUUCCUCCUGGAGGAAGGUGCGGAGGUGAAUCAGUGCGAUUGUCAGGGUGCCACGGCGCUGAUCUGGGCAGCACGCGAGGGUCGUGAAGCGCUGGUGCACCGCUUGAUCAAAGCCAGAGCCGACAUCCAGAAGGAGACCCAGCAAAAUGCCACCGCCUUGAUGUCAGCUGCUGGGGCCGGGCACUGCAGUGUCUUGCGCUGCUUGCUCGCGGCGCGAGCGGAUGUGAACCAUCGCGGCUUGCAUGGGGCGUCAGCCCUGAUGUGGGCAGCAGAAGAGAGUCAGUUUGAAGCAGCCUGGUUUUUGCUCGAGUCAAAGGCCAUGGUGGACCAAGAAGAUGGGCAAGGUUCAACGGCUCUCUUUCGAGCAGCGGAAGCAGGACAUGAAGAGCUGGUUCAGCUGCUGGUGCAAGCAGGAGGAGGAAUGUCCAUCGCAGGUGCCAACGUGAAGAAGAGAAACAAGUAUGGCGCAUCCGCCUUGAAGUUAGCCCUGGACUCCGGACAGGUGGAAGUGGUGAAACUUUUGACAGCGGCUGGUGCUGAGAUGGAACGCGCCACUGGCGGACGCUUCCAACGUUGA